GGCGUGCUGGAGAAUGCGAAAAGAGAGGGUUGAGAAGCCGACCGAGGGGGUUGGAUCGCACACCCCCGUAACUGGUCGAGGUAUAAAAUCAGACGUCGGGUACCUGGGGAUAUUCAGUGUUGGACCGGAUCCCGUGCUCGGCUCAGCAUCACUUCAUUCGAUCUUGAUCUCCGUGCGAACGAGCGCCAUCACCGCGAUGAGAAAUCAUCUAUUCGUAUUCCUCGUCGUCCUAAUAUUUUCCGUCUCUCUCAACCUAUCCCAAUGUGAACAAGAUUGGAAAUUGGAACCUACAAGAGAGACAGAGAAGUUAAAGCCCAAUAUCAGACGGGCGUCCGGCUUGAUAAACUAUCCAAGGAUCGGCCGUUCGAAUCUGAAUUUCAACCGGCGUGGCAUGGAACCAGACACAGAUUUUCAAUUUUACAGCACCGAGCUGGACCCGGACAAAGAUUACGAAGAUUCCCCAGCUUCGAAAUCUCUCGAGAGAUCGAUGUACACUAAACACGCGGACAGAAUUCCUAAGGAAGCAUCGUGGCUAAUCUCGGAUCGCGUUCGCUCGUCCAAAGAUGGAUCUUGGAAGAUCGACGAAGGAAGAUCCAUCUAUCCAGCCGCGCUCCUAUUGAAUUCAGAUUCUCGAAACAGCCAGGUGAACGGUUACACGCCGAGACUGGGCCGGGGCUCGAACGACGCUGAUCGAAUUCUCUGCAAAUGAUCAUCACCGAGGAGGAUCUUCAGGUUUCGCCUCAAUGGAAUUCACGCGACCUGACCUAAUCUAUCUCUAUCCAAUAACUACUGCUUACUUACUCACUACACAACAAUGGCACAACACGUUUCUUUAAACGAGUGAUAAUUAUAAUGAAAGGAUUUUUUUUUUCAUGGAAGAAUUCAGGAAGCAUUGUUUGUAGAAAAUUUAUCGAAGUCUUCACGUGUACAUGGCCCGUAGAAUUUUCACCGCACGACACACGAACGAGAGUAAUAAAGUUGGUGAAACGGCUA